AUGAGGGCGCCCACGUCCGGCCCCGGCCCCGGCCCCGGCCCCGGCGAGGGCGUGCGGAACGGCUACGUGAAGGGCUGCGUGAGCCCGCUGCGGAGGGACCCCCCGCGCGGCUUCUGGGUGCACCUCGGCCGCCUGUGCAACGUGGAGCUGCGGCCGGCGUCCCCGCGCCGCCGCCGCCCGCGCUCCGGGGCGCGCCUGGGGCUCGGCGGCGCCCUGCUCGCGCUGCUCGCCGCGCUGCUGCCGCUGCUGGGCGCCGAGCCCGCCGCCUGGGCCGCGCGGGCGGCCGCCUGCUCGCGGGGCCUCAGCGCGCUCUUCAGCAUCGCCUGCGCCUUCUUCUUCCUCACCUGCUUCCUCUCGCGCAGCCAGCGGGGCCCGGGCCGCGGCGGCGGCGGCGGCGGCGGCUCCUGGUGGCUGCUGGCGCUGCCCGCCUGCUGCUACCUGGGCGACGGGGCCCUGUGGCCGUGGUGGCCGUGGCGGCCCGGCGGGGACCCGGCGCUGGCCGCGGCCGCCCGGCUGGGCUUGGUGCUGCUGAGCUGCGCGGCUCUGCUGCGCCUGGCGCGCCCGCCCGCGCCCCGGCACGGCGCGCUCGUGCUGCUGUUCGCCGGCGUGCUGUGGGGGGUGUCCUCGUGCACCCUGGGGGCGCUGCCCGCGGCCGCGGGGCCGCUGCUCUCGUGCCUGGUCGGGGACGUGGGCUGCCUGCUGGCCCUGGGCCUGGACCACCUCCUGCACCUCAGGGAAGCCCCCGCUCAGCCCCCGCGCGCGUCCAGCGCCGCCGAGGACAAAGUGCCCGUGAUCAGACCCCGCAGGCGCUCCAGCUGCGUGUCGCUCGGGGAAACCGCGGCCGGCUACUGCGGCAGCGGCAAGAUGUUCCGGAGACCCUCGUUGCCUUGCAUUUCCCGGGAGCAGAUGAUUCUUUGGGAUUGGGAUUUAAAGCAGUGGUACAAACCUCAUUACCAGAAUUCUGGAGGUGGAAAUGGAGUCGACCUUUCAGUGCUAAAUGAGGCUCGCAAUAUGGUGUCAGAUCUUCUGGUUGACCCCAGCCUUCCCCCACAAGUUGUUUCUUCCCUUCGGAGUAUCAGCAGCUUGAUGGGUGCUUUCUCAGGUUCCUGCAGACCAAAGAUCAAUCCUCUUACACCAUUUCCUGGGUUUUACCCCUGCUCUGAAAUAGAGGAUCCAGCCGAGAGAGGAGAUCGGAAACUUCACAAGGGCCUGCACAGCAGGAACAGCAUCCCGACUUCCCAGCCGAGGAGGAGCUCAGGGGCUUCAGGGUUGCUGCCUACGGAGCAGUCCUCAAGAUGGGAGCGCAGUAAUGGCAAAAGGCCUCACCAGGAAUUUGGCAUUUCAAGUCAAGGUUGCUACCUAAAUGGUCCAUUUACUUCAAAUCUCCUGACAAUACCAAAGCAGAGGUCAUCAACUAUAUCACUGACCCACCAUGCAGGUCUGAGGAGAGCUGGUGCUUUGCCUAGCCUGAGUCUCGUGAAUUCUCCCAGCCACGUGCCACUGUCUGCUGGCUCUGUAACUAAUCGAUCACCUAUAGAAUUUCCUGACACUGCUGAUUUUAUUACUAAGCCAAGUGUUAUUUUGCAUAGAUCUCUGAGCAAUGUACCCAGUACAUCAGAUUUUUAUCAGUACCUUAGAAAUUCUGAUAGCAAUCUAUGUAACAGCUGUGGACAUCAAAUACUAAAAUAUGUUUCAACAUGUGAAUUGGAUGGGACAGAUCACCACAGUGGAAAAUCAGGUGAAGAAGACAACACCACUAUCUCAAAAGAGUCAUUCAGCCCUAUGGAAACUCAGCAAGAAGAGGAAACAAAGAAGACAGACUAUAGAAAUUUAUUUUUGGAAGGUGUUAAUCACCUAACAGAAGAGCUACAGCAACCAAAUCUUGAACAGGAAGAGUCACUAGAGCUCAUGUUAGUAGAAGAGUAUGACUCAUUAAUAGAAAAGAUGAGCAACUGGAAUUUCCAAAUAUUUGAGCUUGUAGAAAAGAUGGGGGAGAAAUCGGGAAGGAUUCUCAGCCAGGUUAUGUAUACCUUAUUUCAAGACACUGGUUUAAUGGAAAUAUUUAAAAUUCCCACUCAAGAAUUCAUGAAAUACUUUCGUGCCUUAGAAAAUGGCUAUCGAGACAUUCCUUAUCAUAAUCGUAUACAUGCCACCGACGUCCUGCAUGCAGUUUGGUAUCUGACAACACGGCCAAUUCCUGGUUUACAACAGGUCCACAAUAAUCAUGAAACAGGAAAUGAGACAGAUUCUGAUGGUAGACUUCAUUCUGGACACAUUACUUACAUUUCUUCGAAGAGUUGCUCUAUUCCAGAUGAGAGCUAUGGCUGCCUGUCUUCCAACAUUCCUGCCCUAGAACUGAUGGCUCUGUAUGUGGCAGCUGCCAUGCAUGAUUACGAUCACCCAGGAAGGACAAAUGCAUUUCUAGUGGCUACAAAUGCACCCCAGGCAGUUCUGUACAAUGACAGAUCUGUUCUGGAAAAUCAUCAUGCUGCAUCAGCUUGGAAUCUGUAUCUUUCUCGCCCAGAUUACAACUUCCUUCUCAAUCUUGAUCAUGUGGAAUUCAAGCGCUUUCGUUUUUUAGUAAUUGAAGCAAUCCUUGCCACAGAUCUUAAAAAACAUUUUGAUUUCCUUGCUGAAUUCAAUGCCAAGGCCAAUGAUGUAAAUAGUAAUGGUAUAGAAUGGAGUAGUGAAAAUGAUCGCCUCUUAGUCUGCCAGGUGUGCAUCAAGCUAGCAGAUAUAAAUGGCCCAGCAAAAAUUCGGGAUCUGCAUUUGAAAUGGACAGAAGGCAUUGUCAAUGAGUUUUAUGAGCAGGGAGAUGAAGAAGCAAAUCUUGGUCUACCCAUCAGUCCCUUCAUGGAUCGUUCUUCCCCUCAACUAGCAAAACUCCAAGAAUCUUUUAUCACCCAUAUUGUGGGACCUCUGUGCAAUUCCUACGAUGCUGCCGGUUUACUACCUGGUCAGUGGAUAGAAGCGGAAGAGGAUGACGAUUCUGAAAGCGGUGAUGACGAUGAUGGUGGUGAAGAACUAGAUACAGAUGAUGAAGAAAUGGAAGACAGUCUAAAUCCUAAACCACAAAGAAGGAAAGGCAGACGGCGAAUAUUUUGUCAGCUAAUGCACCACCUUGCUGAAAACCACAAGAUAUGGAAGGAAAUCAUAGAAGAAGAAGAAAAAUGUAAAGCUGAGGGGACUAAACUGCAGGUGGAAAAUACCUCCUUAUCUCAAGCUGACGAGAUCCAAGUGAUUGAAGAAGCAGAUGAAGAGGAAGAGCAAAUAUUUGAGUAAAAAAAGUCUUGUUGAAGAAGCCAAGAGGGCUGUGCCCAGGGUCAGAAACCAUUGCCCAGUGCUCACUGUGCUGACUUUCAACUGACCACUCCCACGUGGACAGGCCUUAAUACUGUGAGAGGAGCCUUGCUGUGCUGGCGGUGUCCCGCUCCCCAGCAACUUUUCACCAUAUGAACCAGAACCUAACUCUUAGCUAGCUUCACCCGGCUUUUUCAGAACCCUUCCUCAAAGCCUUCACUGGUGUGUAAAUACUUUGUCAUAAUGCUGCUUUGCUGGGUAGUUAGCUCUUAUUAUCAUUUUGGGGGAAGGCUGUAACUGAAAACUCAAGUGACUUCUGUUUUCAAAGUGGCCAUGAUAUUUUCAUGAAAAUGGGUUUCAUCUUAUAUUUCCAAAUGAGUCUUUUAUGGCUUGUUUGUUUUGAGGGUGGGGAGCCUAUGCCCAAUCCACUGUGGCCUUUCUGAAGGAUUUUGACUCAAUGCAAUACACUGUUCAGUGUGGUUCUCUUGGCUAGGUUUAUCCAUGAAGGAUUGAGGACCUUUGUUAUAUUUAACAAAAUCCAGGUGCAUCAAUUUCUGAUGCUUUUUACUCUUGUGUAUAAUCUAGUAUGUAUGUUUUAUUUCUGCUUAGAGUAUUCAGGUUUGCUGUGGACAUCAGAAAUUGGAAUUCCAGUCUAUGUUCCAUGGUUGAAUUUUAAAGGUAUUUAGCAUGAAGGAACUUUAUUCUUUAGUCAGAACUGUUCUUAUUUUUUAUUCUUGCUCAGGAUUAGUAUUUUUAAACAUCUGGUUGUUAUAAACACAGCAUAGGAUUAUCAGAAGAAAAAAAAUUUGUCUUAACAGUGAUGUUAACCUAUAAUGAAAUUAACAAUAUUUUCUGUUCUUAGGUGGAUUUGAGACUAAUUAAAACCAAGAAAAAGUAGGUAUCUAUCAUUUGCCUGAAUGAAAAAUUAUAUGAAACUAAUCCCAUUAAUGAAAAAAAAACAAAUGAUAUGCAGUAAUCUUAAGAAGACAUGUUCAUUGCGUAGAUGACUGGCGUGUGGGGUGACUUUUAGAUCUGCGUCUCAGGUGUCAUCUAUCUAGUUGCAGUACAAUUGAUUCCUCUUUGCGUUUAUUUCUUUUUGCUUCAAGAAUACAUGUCAGACACCUAUCACCACACCACAGUAACUAGAGGAGGCUGAAACACUGAUUUCUAAAAUAAAGUCAAUAAUGGGAAUACCUGUUUAAUUUUUAUACAGAACAUCUAAAUAGCUUACUGAAUAAUUUCACACAAAAGCAAAUAACCACCCACCCCAUGAAGAAGGUAAUGAAGUGGACCACAUUUGUGAUGUUUAUAGAGUUGUGAGGGUGUGAAUAUGAAUUCUAGUGGUGAAACAGUAUUCGAAGAUGUAAGAAGUAGCAGCCAAUAUCAUAAUACUGAGAGGGUAAAUAAUACUUUUCACCAUUCUUCAUGGCCAUGGUAUAUUUUGAAGCCAUGCAACUUUGUAGACAGUAAACUGUUAGUUUCCUUUAAAUUGUUAUGCUGACAAUUUCUUUCCGAUCUAGAAUAUUUGGGUUGUUUAAAAGAUAUCAGUCAAAAGAUCUACUGAAAUACUGGGAUUUUUAUCCUGCAAAUACUAUAAUAUUUAAUGAAUCACUAAGCUUUAUUUAUUAAACAUGUUGAGUGCUAAGUUUCUUCCUGCCACUUUUGCUACCAUUGCCACACCCUUUGUAAACUGUUCCUAACAUAAUACUGAGUAAUAAAAUUUUGACUGAUAAUUUA